GAAAAGAUUUGGGCAACUGAGAAGAGACUCGUUGUCGCCAAGUGCCGGGAAAAUAGCCACUUGGAAAUCAUGCAUCUGACCAUUUCUUCUGAUGCUCCGUUCCUUCAGAUCUCCUCAUCAUCAAUAUAGCCUUGGAAGCUGCACGAAACCACUUCAAAGCUUUGGGAUUUUUUGUUUUCAAGCAAUGAACAACAAUCACAAUUUCGAUGCUGUUGACGCUGGACGUGAUUUUGACCCAAGUAAUCCACCUCCGUUCAAGAUUUCUGAGAUACGAGCUGCCAUUCCUAAGCACUGCUGGGUCAAGAACCCCUGGAGGUCUCUUAGCUAUGUUUUCAGAGACCUUGUCGUAAUAUUUGCUCUGGCCGCAGCUGCAUUCUACUUCAAUUCUUGGGCUGUAUGGCCGCUCUAUUGGGCAGCUGAGGGGACAAUGUUCUGGGCUAUCUUUGUUCUUGGCCAUGACUGUGGCCACGGAAGCUUUUCUGAUAGCCCCUUGCUAAAUAAUGUUUCGGGGCAUCUCUUGCAUUCUUCAAUUCUUGUACCUUACCACGGAUGGAGAAUCAGCCACAGGACUCACCAUCAGAACCAUGGAAAUGUGGAGAAGGAUGAAUCUUGGGUUCCGUUGCCUGAGAAUAUCUAUAGGAAUUUAGACUUCAGUACUCGGAUUAUGAGAUACACUGUCCCUCUUCCCAUGUUUGCGUACCCUAUAUAUCUGUGGACAAGAAGUCCAGGCAAAGAAGGUUCACACUUCAAUCCCUACAGCGACUUGUUUGCCCCUCAUGAGAGGGGAGCUGUGUUAACUUCAACUAUUUGUUGGACUGCGAUGGUUCUUCUACUCCUUUAUUCAUGCUCUGUUUUUGGCUCUGUCCUAGUGCUUAAGCUCUAUGGUGUUCCAUAUAUGAUAUUUAUCAUGUGGCUGGACUUUGUUACAUACUUGCAUCACCAUGGAUAUGAGCAGAAGCUUCCCUGGUACCGCAGCAAGGAAUGGAGCUACUUGCGUGGAGGGCUUACAACAGUUGAUCGUGAUUAUGGAUGGUUCAAUAACAUCCACCAUGAUAUUGGCACACAUGUUAUACAUCAUCUCUUUCCUCAAAUCCCACACUAUCACCUAGUAGAAGCGACAAAAGCAGCUAAGCCAGUGCUUGGAAAGUACUAUCGAGAGCCUAAGAAAUCGGGGCCAUUUCCAUUUCACUUAUUCAGAAAUCUAGUAGCAAGCAUUAGAGAAGAUCAUUACGUGAGCGACAUUGGAGACAUUGUUUACUAUCAGACUGACACUCAGCUGUAUAAACUUUCUAAAAGCAAGCUAAACUGAUUCUUUGUUUUAGGUCAUAGCCACAGUUUAAUUUUUUCCUGAACAAUGAUAUUUGAAUCCUCUCGUUCCUAACAUAAGAAGAAAGGGAAUGCCCUCAGUAGAGUAACUGUAGCAUAUAUAUAUAUAUGUGUGUGUGUGUGUUCCGGAGAAGUUAAUUAUGGUGGUAUAUGAAAACAUUUUAUAGUUAUUUAUUGAAAGAUUCAAGACCUUUUCCUGCUA